AUGACUGAUUCAUAGUCGGAGAGCUGCAGAGAGGCUGGAAGGCAGGCGGUUCUGGGAUCCAGCUGGGGUCGAAUGCACACCUUCCACCUUCGAUUAACACCAAAGGUACAGGGUCCCCAUUACUUGAAGGAUAAGGCUGGCACUGCUCCAACGUCUUUGUGGAAGCUUCUCCCUCCCUUCUGAGCUUCCCUGGACUCCUCACAGCGUAUGACACAGAAUUUCUCUUUCCUAAGAUGGAGUCAAGCAAAAAGAUGGAUGCUGCCGGCACACUGCAGCCUAACCCACCCCUAAAGCUGCAGCCUGAUCGCGGCACAGGGCCCGUGCUUGUGCCGGAGCAAGGAGGCUACAAGGAGAAGUUUGUGAAGACGGUGGAGGACAAGUACAAAUGCGAGAAGUGCCGCCUGGUGCUGUGCAACCCGAAGCAGACGGAGUGCGGGCACCGCUUCUGUGAGAGCUGCAUGGCCGCCCUGCUCAGCUCCACCAGUCCAAAAUGCACGGCGUGCCAAGAGAACGUCAUCAAAGACAAGGUGUUUAAGGAUAACUGUUGCAAGAGAGAGAUUCUGGCCCUGCAGAUCUACUGUCGGAAUGAAGGCAGAGGUUGUGUGGAGCAGCUGACGCUGGGACAUCUGCUGGUGCACCUAAAAAAUGAAUGUCAGUUUGAGGAACUUCCCUGUCUGCGUGCCGACUGCAAAGAAAAAGUACUGAGAAAAGACUUGCGGGAUCACGUGGAAAAGGCCUGUAAAUACCGAGAGGCCACGUGCAACCACUGCAAGAGCCAAGUUCCCAUGAUCACACUGCAGAAACAUGAAGACACGGAUUGUCCCUGUGUGGUGGUGUCCUGCCCUCACAAGUGCAGUGUUCAGACUCUCCUGAGGAGUGAGUUGAGUGCACACUUGUCCGAGUGUGUCAAUGCCCCCAGCACCUGUAGUUUUAAGCGCUAUGGCUGCGUUUUUCAGGGAACAAACCAGCAGAUCAAGGCCCACGAGGCCAGCUCGGCGGUACAGCACGUGAACCUGCUGAAGGAAUGGAGCAACUCCCUGGAGAAGAAGGUCUCCUUGCUGCAGAAUGAAAGUGUUGAAAAAAACAAGAGCAUACAGAGCCUGCACAACCAGAUAUGCAGCUUUGAGAUCGAAAUCGAGAGACAGAAAGAAAUGCUUCGGAACAACGAGUCCAAAAUCCUUCAUCUGCAGCGAGUAAUAGACAGCCAAGCAGAGAAACUGAAGGAACUCGACAAGGAGAUCCGUCCCUUCCGGCAGAACUGGGAGGAAGCAGACAGCAUGAAGAGCAGUGUGGAAUCCCUCCAGAACCGUGUGACUGAGUUAGAGAGCGUUGACAAAAGCGCGGGCCAGGCCGCUCGCAACACAGGCUUGCUGGAGUCCCAGCUGAGCCGGCAUGACCAGAUGUUGAGUGUUCAUGACAUCCGCUUGGCCGACAUGGACCUGCGGUUCCAGGUCCUCGAGACCGCCAGCUACAACGGUGUGCUGAUCUGGAAGAUCCGUGACUACAAGCGCCGGAAGCAGGAGGCCGUCAUGGGGAAGACCCUGUCUCUCUACAGCCAGCCUUUCUACACAGGUUAUUUUGGAUAUAAAAUGUGUGCCAGGGUCUACCUGAACGGGGACGGGAUGGGGAAGGGGACACACUUGUCGCUGUUUUUUGUCAUUAUGCGUGGAGAAUAUGAUGCUCUGUUGCCGUGGCCGUUCAAGCAGAAAGUGACACUUAUGCUGAUGGAUCAGGGGUCCUCUCGCCGUCACCUGGGAGAUGCAUUCAAGCCUGACCCCAACAGCAGCAGCUUCAAGAAGCCCACCGGGGAAAUGAACAUCGCCUCUGGCUGCCCAGUCUUUGUCGCCCAAACCGUUCUAGAGAAUGGGACGUAUAUUAAAGAUGAUACAAUUUUUAUUAAAGUCAUAGUGGAUACCUCGGAUCUGCCUGACCCCUGACAAGAAACCAGGGAGGUGGAUUCAGCAGAAGGUAACUCCUCUGGGGGGGUUGAACCAGUCUGUCUUCACGAAGGUCCUUGCCCUCAGAAAGGACCUUGUGGGACAGAGGAAGCAGCCGGAGGAGGAGAAGGAGGAGGAGGAGGAGUGGCUGGCAGGAGGAGCCACAUAUGAAAACAGACCGCAACAGAUUUUCUAAUAGACUAGCCACACUCACUCUGAAGAAUUAUUUAUCCAUCAACAAGAUAAAUACUGCUGUCAGAGAAGGUUUUCAUUUUCAUUUUAAAAGAUCUAGUUAAAUUAAGGUGGAAACAUAUAUGCUAAAAAGAAACAUGAUUUUUCUUCCUUAACUUAAAACACCAAAAAGAAAACACAUGUGGAGGUAGCUGGAUGUGUCAGCAUGUUAACUUACAAGGAGAACUUAUGAAAUAAUAAUACAGUUCUGAUAUAUUCAUCCUAAAAUCCAAGAGUGCAAUCUUGUUUCAAAUAUAGUAUAUUGUCUAUUUUUAAGGCCUCAUCUGGUCGCUGUUUUAAUAAUUUGUUUGUCAGAAGACCCUGAGUAGGCAUAAGGUCUCUAAAUUCAGAAGUCAUUUUUAAUUUAAAGUUCUACAAAUAAUUGUUACCGCAAACAUUUUGUUUUAAAACGUUGACAGACUGAUAUUUCUUGGAAGAAAAUGUAAAAUAUCAAACACUGGUUAUCACUUGUGAUAGGAAAGAGAAUAUCCAACCUGCUGUUAUUUCUCGUUAGAAAUGUAGCCCUUCGGUACCUGUCGUAGUUAGUGACACUACUUCACAGUGGCUGUGAGAGGGACAGCGCUCAUGGAUGCUAUGCAUCGUCUCAGACUUACAAUUGUUUUCACCCUAAAGUAGGGCGUUCGUUGAACUUUGGAGUUCUAAACAAAAUCCUAUAGGUUUUUAAAAUUCUGCCCCAUGUUUAGACAAGCUCUGUGUUGCUGACAGCACCAGCCUUGGUCUCCAGUGUCCGGUGUCGGGGAUAGGCAGGUGACCUGUGCCGCAGGAGGCCCCCAACAGGCGUCCCAUCCUGUCAUACUGCUGCAUUCGGCUAGCGCUCUCCGAAAGCAACGUCCGUGCUCAGAGAUGGUGGCAUACGGUACAUGUGCCUUAGCUGUGACACGCUGCUUCUUGUCCCUGGGUUUGCAUUCACCAUGAUUCUAGAAAGUGAUAGUUUAACCAGAUCUCUCCCUCCACCACCAGAUCUCUGUCUCUGCCAGGGCCCUCAGACAACUCUGAACCUGCCUGGGGGAGCCAGGCCUCUGUUGGCGGCUUCUGAAGCCUCUGCUGCUAAAUAUUCAGAUUCCAACCAUAGGCCCCCAAGAGCAACUCAGCCCCACUCCAAGGGAGGGAGGUGUGAGCAGAAGCCACCCUCUUCCAGGUCUCUACAAGGGCCCUGAAAUCCCCCACAGCAUGAAGGAGAAGUGCCCCUGCCCCAAGCUUUCCCGAGACCACGGGUCUGGGGGCCUGCCCAGGCUGGCAACAGCAGCCCUGGCCUCCCUGUUAGGAGGGUGGCCAGCUGAUGCCCUAGCCUGGGUUAGUCCAGACGGCCCUCUCAGCUCACUGUUUCCCACUGUGAUGAGAAGCCUGGAGCCCUGCCCCGGUGCCCCUUUUGCUAUGCACCACACUUCAUGGUGCUCUACACUGAUGGGUGCUACACGUGACGGGUGCUUCUUAGGCAAAACCAAUGUGUGCGAACCACCACAUCUGUGCCACUUGCCCAAAAGGCGCGCCCACAAUUGGCCAGCUGGGCCCGCGCUUCAGACUGCCUGCCUCUGGGCUCCCCCCAUGGUUGCACGGGGACAGCUGGGUUGGUGCCCGGUAGCCCACCUUGUCUCUGGUGCUGCCAUCUGUCCUGGGUGUGCCUUCGCCCCAGUGCCUGCUGGAAGUGCCCUCCUCUCGUACACCUGUCCCCGUGCUUCCAUGAGCGACCUCUUGGUUCCGAGCACUCGCCCUGCCCUUCCAUGGCUGAAGCAUUUGGUUCUUCCCCUGCUCCUCUUCUCUCUCCAUUCUACUGGGAUUGCUUUGGGGUAAGUCAGUGACCUUGGUUCCGCUCAUAAGGAAUGACUGCAGAGCCCACGUUCUUUCAAAGGUGCCCUCUUCUUCCUUUAGGCCUGUCCCCAGGGUUCCUCCCACAAAGACCUGGAGUUGGGAGGACCACCCGGCAGUCCUUGACUGGCCUCAGGAAGCUUUUCCAUGGGCAGAUGUCAGCAACGGGGACAUCCCUGCAUCCCCCACCUUCGAAGAAGUCAGUGCAGUACCAGUAGGUGUAGGCCACCAGCAUCACAUCUGACGAAAGCAUGCCUGUCUUUGGUUUCAGAGCCUGGUAUGAGGGUGACCCUGAGGUGUCCUCAGACCCUCCCUCCCUGCUGGUGAGGCUUUUACAAGGCUCCUUCCUAUGUGAGGUGGGCCCUCCUGGCCUCGUCUGGUGCCUGUAGGAUAUAUAUAAAGUAUGUGACUCUUGGCCCCUGGGACGAGGGCCCUGCAUGUCACAGCUUCCUGUAGUGUGUUGUGUCUAUUGCAUUUCUUGGUAAAGUAGAGUAGCGGGCAAGCUCACACCUUUGUGCCCUGUCUCCAUGUGUGAAGGGCGUGCUGAGACGACACGUCUCCUGGGAGAUGUGGAGCAUGUCGUGUCCUACCUGGGUGUGCCUUGCUCUUCUCCGUCUCAGGAUUCCUUGGUGCUCACCACCCGGGGCCACUGUUGGGCUGUGGUGUCAGCGUUGCUGAGGCCCUGUCACCAGUCCUGGCAGCCAGCGCUCACCAUAUCACAGGGUCCUGGCUACUAGACGCACAGGGUGGUCAUGCGGCGUGUGUACUUGGCUGUGCAAAAGUGUCAACUGCUCAUCUUUUAAGGGGCCAUUUGUCCCAUGACCUCUAUGGGGAAAUUGGACACAACUCCUGCUUGCCUGGGAUGGUGUUCAUACCUGCUGACAGCUGACCCUGGGAAGAUGCUGGCCACUAAGUGGCAGUGUGUCCUGAGGCCCAGCCUGUGGUUUUUGUGAGUAGCUGAAAGCCUGUGUCAGUAACAACCCAGGGCCUUCCACCUUCGUUGGUCAGGGAGAGGAGGGUAGCCUUGAGGCACGCUGGCUGAGCCUCCGUUACCUCUUGGAUACAGAUAGAGGCAGCCUAGGCCAUGCAUGUGAGAGAGGGAUGGGUAAGACGGAAUGAGUAUAGCACGCUGAGUGUGAGGGCUCACACAGGAGAGCAGAGCCCACGCAGCAUUCCAAGAAGCAAAGGGCUGUUGAGAGGGUCUGCAUCUCAGUCCACAUCCAUCCCCCUUUCCAAAGUAGCCUGUGCACAGAUGGCACCAUGUCCCUAAGACAGCACAACAGUCAGACAGCACAGCCAUCAGCUGAGGAAGGUGUCUGUUUACAGCCACCGUCUGCCUCCUUUCUUUCUUUUCUCCAUUUACUCCAAGGACUGGGACUCCAGGGAGCUGUGGCCAGAGCACUGUGGCUUUAUUCCCUGGGCAACCUCCAGCAGGGCCUUCAGACCCACCACCACCAGAUCCCCUUUGAAAUGACUUCCAUCAGACUCCGUGUGGUCAGUCUCAUGAGAACCUAGCGGUCAGAUACUGCUCCUGUGGAUAGCUAGUCACCUUCCCAUACCUCCUUAGUCGGCCCCAGUCCCACCGGGAGUUGGGACCUUAUGCCUGCUAUCUUGGGCCUGACAUUAAUGAUACCACUGUAACUGAACAGUAUACAUAGCAGUCACCCAUGGCAGGCCUGGCAACCAGUGGACAGCAUCCAGCAAAGAGAAGGAUGUCUGGGCACACCAAGCAACAGGGUCCUGGGUAGACCACUCCUGCCAGCCCAAGAGGAGACCAGGGGGAAUGCCAGGGCCAACAGCACGGCCCUCGCCACCUCCUUCCCCUUGUACACUGCCAAGCAUUGCAGGGACUGCACUUUGUACCUGGCUGAGACAUUUCCCGCUGACAGGUGACAGGGUGGGUCAGUCCCUACCCUCCCAUACAUCCCCUGCUCGGGACCAUCAGUGUAUGGAGAAGGGCUUGGUGGAGCUUAGGGUACUAUUUUUUUUUUUUUAACUUUCAAUCCAGCCCUUUACUGGCUAGACUACAGGAGAGCUAGUGUGGCUUUCAUGCCAUUGUGUCUGAGUGUGUGUGACAAAUGAGGGUCUGAUCCCCAAAUCUUCUCAGACUAAGAUUCUGUUUUUGGUUUGCAUAUACCAUAGCAGCUGUUUUCUCCAAACUAGAACGUGCUCACAGGGGUCUGAUCAGGUGAGGUGAUCAUUGGCAAGUGACCCAGCCGGUGUCAACUGUCCCACCCCGGCUGCUGCCGCCUCCCAUAAGCACUGUGGCAUCCAGGAGCUGGGUUAAGAGGGACAGUAGAAAAAGGCCAGGAGCCCAUCCCCAAACCUGGACAUAUCCUAGCCCGUUGUCUGCUUGGGCACCAUUACUAGGCAGACAGGCAAGGCAGUGACCCACACCAAAGCCAGCAUACAGCUAAGCAGGCCCCAGCUCCCAAGCAGAGUGUAUGGUCCAUUUCCCUCGCCACACCACCGUGUCUGGAGUCUUCCUUGUGAGCUCAUUGUAGAAAGGAGGCUACAAGCCCAGGGUCACAGUGCCACUCCAUAGUCAGUGGUGACUGACGUACACCCUUAGUCCCCUUAGUCAAGUAAGAUAACCUUCAAAGGCAAGUCAAUGACCUAAUUGGAAAACACAAAAGCCGGCCUUCCAAGGAUUCCCCUAAGAAUCUGUGGGCGCUCUGACUGAGGAAGCUGGGGUCAGUGCAGACAGCUGCAGACUGUUGUAGAGUUCCGUUCUUCUCUCAUGGCACAUCUCUUGUGUUCAGUUCUAUUACCCCAAAAAACAAAGACCAAAGAAGGCCAAUCUCUCAUUUGACCGUAUUUUUAAUCUGCCUGUUUUGACACAUGCUGUCUGUAGUAACCGCUCGCUGUGAGGCCCCAUCUCGGCAGUCCAAGUGAUCGUGACCAGUGAUUAAGCGUCCCCGUGUUCUGAUGCUCUUCUAAGAAACUGAGACAGUGUGAGUUUGCUUAGCAAUAAUCAUGUGACCGGGAGUUAGCAGCACGCCUCAUCUCCUGAUAGCAUUAUGAUGUCUCGUAUUCUGUUUACUGUGUGUCACGUGUGGUUUCAUUUGGUAUUUAUUUGUGUUUUGAGGUCUUGCGAUGUUUCUGUUCUGCUGCUAAUAAUAAAAGUUUGUAAGACUGUAGAAUGCAAAAUUUUGCAAUGCUAAAGUGUCUAUUAGAGGAAAUAAAGCUGAUUUAAGAGUCCUG